CUCCUCCUCUUCUCCUUUCCCUCAAAAACAAAAACGUCAGAUCCCCGGCAGACGGGUCAGCAAAAUCGCCCCCAAAUGAUGAUUUUUCAAGCCCUUUUUGAUUGUCUUGACGUGAGCGGCUGGCUCCUGCUUGGUUUGGCGACGCUGCUGCUGACGGACGUGGUGCGAAACUGGAGGCCUGGCACUUUCCCGCCAGGACCCUUGGCCCUGCCCGUUCUCGGGAAUGUCUUCACCGGAGUGGACUACAAAGCCAUGGCGAACCUCGCAAAGCAGUACGGCCCCGUGUUCAGCUUGAGGCGAGGCAGCGAGAGGAUGGUGUUCAUCUGUGGUUACCGCAUGGUCAAAGAGGCGCUUGUCAAACAGCUGGACAGCUUCGUGGACCGGCCCGUCAUCCCACUCUUCGAUGUGAUCUUCAAGGGGAUCGGUGUGGUGUUGAGCAACGGUUACCUGUGGAAGAAGCACAGAAAGUUUACCGUCACCCACCUGCGCUACUUUGGGGAGGGCCAGCGGUCUCUGGAGAACUACAUCAAAGUGGAAUGCAGCUUCCUGUGCGAGGCCUUCAAAGAGGAGCAAGGGAAGCCCUUCAACCCUCACUACACCAUAACCAACGCGGUGGGCAACAUCAUCUCCUCGGUGCUGUUUGGACACCGCUUUGAGUACACCGACGGAAACUUUCGCAAGUUUCUCGAGUUGGACAACGAGGCCAUCCUGCUCUUCGGCUCUCCACAGACGCAGCUCUACAACGUCUUCCCCUCUCUAUUCAACUACCUGCCGGGCCCGCAUCAGACGGUCCUCGCCAACUACAAAGUGAUUGAGCUCUUCCUGCAGAAGGAAGUGCAGAAGCACCAGGAGAAGUGGAACCCGGAUCAACCUCGGGACUACGUUGACAUGUACCUCGCGGAGAUGGACAAGAUGAAGGACGACCCGCAGGCUGGCUUCAACAUUGAAUCCUUAGUGGUUACCACACUGGACCUCAUGGAGGCGGGCACAGAAACAACGGCCACCACCUUGCGGUGGGCUCUGGUGUACAUGAUGCAUUAUCCGGAGAUACAAAAGAAAGUCCAGGCGGAGAUCGACAACGUGAUCGGACAAUCUCGCCAGCCAGCCAUGUCCGACAGACCGGCUAUGCCAUACACCGAAGCGGUCAUCUACGAGAUUCAGAGGCUGGGCAACAUCGUUCCCUUGGGAUUCCCCAAGAUGGCCAAUAAGGAGGCGUCACUGGGAGGAUACAUCAUCCCAAAGGUAAGCGAGCGUGUUUGGGGGAGCAGCUGGCGCGUAUGGAACUCUUCCUCUUCUUCACGGCGCUGCUGCAACGCUUCACCUUCACCGCCAUCCCAGGAGAGAAGCCCAGCCUGGAGGGCCUACAAGGUUUCACGCAGUCCCCCGAAGAGUUCCGGACCCUCGCCGUACCUCGCUGAUGGCCUCCCUGCCCAGAACAGCGCAACAUCAUUUGGAGAGCUAUUUGCAAACGAUUGGCGUCACUCGAGGGGCAUAUGCGUGCCACGCCGGCCAAGCGGCACUAACACAACAACCAAGCGGGACAUCAUGUUGAUGUACGGCGUGUUCCUGGGCCUGAACGUCUGGGGCGUGCUGCUUUUAAGUCUGGCUCUCGUCCUCCUGGUGUGCAGCGUGGGCAAAAAAGAGCCACCCGGCUUCCCGCGGGGGCCUCUCGCCCUUCCGCUCCUCGGGAACGUCUUCAACAUUGCCGUCAAGCAGCCUCACACGUACCUGACGCAGUUGGCCGACACCUACGGGAAUGUGUUCUGCAUCCGAGUGGGACAAGAGAAGACGCUGUUUGUGUGCGGGUGGAAGAUGGUGAAGGAAGUGCUCGUAACGCAGGCCGACGCGUUUGCCGACAGGCCGCACCAAGCCUUGUAUUCCAGACUGUACAAUCGACACACAGGGGGUCUUUUGUGCAGCAACGGCAAGACGUGGAGGAGGCAGCGUCACUUCGCCAUGGGCACCCUGCGCACCUUCGGCCUGGCCAACGGCACCAUGGAGAGGAGCAUCUGCCGGGAGAGCCAACAACUGCACCAGGCCAUCCGCAAACACAAAGGUGAAGCGUUUGAGCCCGCGGCCUACUUGAACAGCGCGGUGGCGAACAUCAUCUGCCAGGUUGUGUUCGGAAGAAGGUUCGACUACAGCGAUCCCAACCUGCAGCAGCUGCACGCCACCAUGACCGAGAUGAUCUAUCUGGAAGGUUCCGUGUGGGCCCUGCUCUACGAUGCCUUCCCGGCUCUGAUGCAACGUCUGCCUGGGCCGCACAACAGAAUCUUCAGCAACUUCCAAGCUUUGCAGGAGUUCAUCUGCGCCCAGGUAAAGAGCCACAAAUCGGAUUUGGACCCCAGCAACCCACGAGAUUACAUCGACGCCUUCCUUGUGGAGAGCAAAGACAAAGCAAAGGGUGAACUGGGCUUCACUGAAGAAAAUCUGGUUCUGUGCUGUCUUGAUCUGUUCAUCGCCGGGACGGAGACUUCCUCUAAGACGCUCCAGUGGGGCCUCAUCUUCCUUAUCCAGAACCCUCAAAUCCAGGACAAAGUCCAGGCAGAGAUCGAGAGAGUGAUUGGGCCGAGCCGCUUCCCCGAGAUGGCCGACAGAGCCCACAUGCCCUAUACUAACGCCGUCAUCCAUGAGAUCCAGAGGAUGGCCAACAUCAUUCCUCUCAACGGAACCAGAAUGGCCACCAAAGACACGCAAGUGGGGGAGUACGUCAUACCCAAGGGCAGCACUGUAUUGCCCAUCUUGACCUCAGUGCUGUUUGACAAGAACGAAUGGGAAACUCCACAUAGCUUCAACCCUGGACACUUCCUAGAUGCCGAUGGCAAUUUUGUGAAGAGGAAUGCAUUCUUACCUUUCUCCGCAGGAAAACGUGCAUGUCUGGGCGAGGCCCUGGCCCGAAUGGAGCUGUUCUUGUUCCUUGUGGGCAUGCUGCAGAAGUUCACAUUUUCCACUGUGGAAGGAGUCAAGCUGAGCACCGAAGGAAUCGUCGGAAUGACGCGCACGCCGUACCCUUUUAAAAUCUGUGCCGAGACCCGUUGAGGGUCAUACGUGCACUGAAAUCUGUUGUGUUUUCAUUUCUUGCCAAAUUGAAGUUGAUGCUACUGAACGGAAGCAGGCAAAGUACAUCGUGACAGUCUAAAAACCAAUGCCUCAUGUUCUUCGAUUAUUCUUCAUCGAGCUGAACAACCCUGCAAGGGAUGAUAAAGGAUGCUAAUUCUUUGUUGACAUAUGUUUCAUGGAAGUAUACAUUUCAGCGUUAUACAUUGUCAUGUGCUGUAGCCUCGAUGUAAAGAUAGCCUACUCGAUUUUCGAGCUAAUUAUUAUAAUCAACAAACGUCAUGCUUGCCUUUUGCUCCAUUUUGUUUGUUAAUGCUGCUUUAGUCACGUACCACUCGCUUGUAGUACAGCUACCCUUUUCCUGUUUACGGUCUUUUGACUAUUAGGAAAGGAGUUUAAUGUGCUUUGGGGUCUUGCAUGCAUGAAACUUCAUUUUUUGUUGCUGCUGUUUCCCAUUUUUUAUGCAUUAAAAGGGCAUAUGGUUA